CCACCAUCCAAGAGGAGAAAGAAUACUGAUACACAUAAAACAAAGGGUUCGAAGAAUCUGUCAAAGCAGUCAAAGCCGCAAUUAAAUCAGUCAUUCUCAAUGCCAGCUGAAGAACAUACCCCGCCUGCUAAUGUAUCUUCUGCCCAUGUAUCAUCACAAGUCUCAAAAGAUAAGUCUGUAUUUCCUGAUAUUGAAGAACUGAAACAACAUAUGAAGGAAUACGUCGACAGCAAAUUUGAGUAUCUUGUGAAUUUGAUAAAGGCUAAUCACAUUGAGGUGAUGAAUUCUAAGAAUAGGGAUGAUGGCCAACAAUCAAAGGAUAUGGGCGGCAAGUCUACACCAAACAUGGUUGAAGUUUCCGAUGAAGAAGGCAAUGAUGGACACCAAGCUACCUCUCCGAUACAAAUGGAACUUGAUGUUGACAAUCAGACUGAAGAUACGUUGAAGAAUCAUCAAGUAAUGAAGGACGUUUCAGAACUUCAAUCCCCAAAUUCAGAUACUCAUCAUACUGAUCAAACAUGUGAACACAGCAAGGAUGCUCCAUCAGCACAAACGCCUCAUCAUUUAUUUGAAGGAACAAUGAACGAAGAUACAUCGGAUUCUACACCAUCUGGUUCAAUAUCUCCGGAUACACGAGAAGCCAUGAAUACGCUUAUUGCUGAGCUAGGAAGUCUGCCUACUAAUGCAAAUCAACAGGAGUUUACCGAAAAUCAAAGUUUGCUUUCGGACAGUCAAUUACCAAUUGAUAUUCCAAUCACAGAUAUUGUUGUCCGAAGCGAAAUAAAUACUCCUCAUGCACGUAUCCGGAUGCCUUCGAGAAACUGCAAAUCCCCUUAUUUAACUUCAUUUGGAUCAAGUGAAAAAGGAAAAGCGGUCAUGACUGAUGUAAUGCGUCCAAAUUUUCCAUUUCAAGGAUGUGAGAUUACAAACCAAGCCCCUUCAUAUCUGAUUGAUGAGUUUAUUGAGUGGGUUACUGCAGGGCUUCUUAAAGCUCAUUCAAAAAAGAAACCAUCAGAAGAUAAAUACAAAUCAAAAGCAUCUUCAUUGGGUUUUGAAAUGAUGGAUUAUGUCGUUGCUUUUCCGACAAAUAAGAAUUGGUUUUAUGCCAUGUCUCAGCCUAAGAACUGUUGGACUGAUCAGCACAUCGAUGUUAUUUUUUACUACCUUCGUAAAAAAUCAAAACUUCGAAGCAUGGAUCAAUACAGAUACACAACAGUCAAUUGUUUGUUCAGCACACAUAUCAACAAUACCCAUGAUAGGUAUUAUAACAAUGAGGCUGAUGAUGAUAUUAGUACCCAAGAACACAUUGAUCGUGCAAGAGCUGUAUCAGUACAUGAGAGGUCAAUAAUCAACGUAAUGAAAGGUUUUUCAAUACCAGCUGGGUUACCAUGGCAUCUGGUGGAUGAUGUUUAUAUUCCAAUCAAUUAUGAUGGAGAUUUUCAUUGGGUAUUAGCUGUGGUUGAAUUGAAUAAGAGGGUAAUACGCGUGUAUGACUCUUCUAUGGGCACAAGGAAACGUGUAUAUUCUGACGAGAUAAAAAAAUUGUCAAGGAUGUUACCUUCUUACCUGAUUGACAGUGGUUUCUUUGAAAACAAUGAGCGGACAAACUGGUCAGUUCUUGAUGCAUACAAGGACAAACAAACAGGUGUACCUUUAGAGUCACAUAUUCCUUUCAACAUUGAAUAUGCUGAAGGUAUCAUGCAACAAGAAGACGAUAGCCUGGACUGCGGGUUAUACGUAGCUACAUUUGCAGAGUUUUUGAGUGACCAACUUGUUAUACCACCUGAUACUGAUGGACAUCUUGCAAAUUACCUACGCAAUAGAUAUGCUGCAUUGUUAUGGAGAUACGGCAGUGACAAGGUCAAUGGUGGAUACAUAAGUGACAAUGAAGAUCCACCAAAGCCUAAGGGUCAAUUCACAACACCAACUGAAGAUGACAUUGUUAACAUAGAUUAG